AUGGAUAAAGUGACUUGUACAGAAGCCCGUGACAAAGAGCCUCCGAGGCUAGAUCGGGCACAGAGCGCUAGCGUAGCGUCUCGGCGGCUGCCAGGUGACCGGCAACGCAAGGGGCGGGGCCGAGAGGGCGGGGCCAGCGGAAAGGAAGACAGCUGGCUGGCCGGCCGCCCGAACAAGGUUUUCACCAUAAUUACGCACAGACUUUCUGCUGCGGCCCCCAGUGAAGGAGCACACCUGAUUGGCUCCUCUGUGGGGGCGGGGCUAGAGGGCUGCGGCUGCCUCGGGGUUGGAAGGAGGGGAAGGGAGGCAGGCGAUGGUGGCGGUGUUGCGUUACCUCGGUGGUGCCUGCAGACGUGCCCUUGGGUGCUUCCCCGGGGCGUGCGGGCCAGCGUUGAGCAGGCCCUGGACGCUGGGCGGGGGUGGCCGCAGCGCCAGCACCAGAGCCAUCAGAAUCUAUUUAAAAGGUCAUUUGAUGUAGCCAUCGUUGGUGGCGGAAUUGUGGGACUUGCCUCUGCCAGAGCACUCAUCCGGCGGCAUCCUGCACUUUCAGUUGUUGUUCUGGAAAAGGAAAAAGAUUUAGCUGUUCACCAGACUGGACAUAACAGUGGUGUCAUACAUAGUGGAAUUUAUUAUAAACCAGAAUCUCUGAAAGCUAAAUUAUGUGUACAAGGUGCAGCCCUCAUCUAUGAGUACUGUAACCAAAAGGGAAUUCCCUACAAGCAGUGUGGCAAGCUAAUCGUAGCUGUUGAACAAGAAGAAAUCCCCAGACUUAAGGCCCUAUAUGAGAGAGGCCUACAAAAUGGUGUUCAAGGCUUGAGGCUGAUCCAGCAGGAGGAUAUAAGAAAGAAGGAGCCAUAUUGCAGGGGUCUAUUGGCCAUUGAUUGUCCAUAUACUGGCAUUGUGGACUAUCGGCAGGUAGCGUUGUCAUUUGCCCAGGAUUUCCAAGAAGCAGGUGGCUCUGUUUUGACUGAUUUUGAAGUAAAAGAUAUUAAAAUGGCUGACGGAAGUAAAAAUGGGAUGAAGUAUCCAAUUGUUAUAAAGAAUACAAAGGUAAAGAUUCUUAACUAAAACUUAGCCACUUUCAUCCCCUUCUCUUUCUUAACAAGU